ACUCUGGAGUCUCCGUCAUACAGUACGCUCCAACCCUGGGCUUGGGCAAACGAUAACGAAACUGCAGAACGGAGAGGCGAUGGCGGCGAAGAGCGAGAACCAGCCGGACGGCGACGAGGGCACCAACGCCGGCGAGGGAGGCGCGUCCGCGUCUCCGCCUUUUAUUGCUGCCGCCCCGGUCGUAUGCUUCACGCGGUCCGCCGGUGACUUCGCCGGCGGCGCUUUCGUUGGAUCUAUCUUUGGAUAUGGACAAGGUUUGCUAACAAAGAAAGGCUUGAAGGGCUCGCUCGGCAAUGCAGGGUCUUCUGCCAAAAGUUUUGCAGUUCUUUCUGGCGUGCAGAGCUUGGUUUUGUGCUUGUUGAGAAAGCUGCGUGGGAAAGAUGAUAUUAUCAAUUCUGGCAUUGCUGGUUGCUGCACCGGUCUUGCUUUGAGCUUUCCAGGUACACCUCAAGCACUGCUUCAGAACUGCGCCACCUUUGCAGCAUUCUCAUGCAUCAUGGAGGGGCUCAACAAGCAGCAAACUGCAAUGGCGCACACUCUCGGCGGGGGUGCUUUGACCUUUUCACAUGACAACGGUGGCGUCCUCCCUCCUUUCACUCUGCCACCAAUGCUCGACGCCUCAGAUGCUUUAGCUUCAUGCUGCCAGGCCCUGGUAAAGCCUAAGCACUAGAGAGCAUCAUUAGGAGGGAGACAGAGAUAUGCUCAGGAAACCUAGCUAGCUCCAGUAUUUCCUAGCGUAUGUAAAUUUUGCCUUUGGAUAAUGUCGAAGAUCUAGAUUGUUUGCUUCGUGGGCAGGUUUUUUUGUUGCUGCAUUUUGUGGCGUCAGAUUGCUUAAUGAUAUCAUGGAUAGAUUUUGUUGGCCUGGAAGAUAACAACUGUGAAAAUCGUCUCGAAGAAUUAUCUUUUCUGCAACCUUUGCAUGGUCUACUUGUGUUUCACACUUGGACAUGGUUUUGUUAUACCGGUUGAAUGAAGCUGGUGGUUAUUCGUUUGAUUA